AAAAAAAAAAAAAGCAAGAUAGGAAAAUUAACCUCAACAGCAGCCCUCCUCCCCCAAAAUUCACGUUUUCUCUCCCUCCAACUUUGACGCCCUUGACGACGCUACAACUCCUGCCCAAAAAAAACCCCCAACAACCUCCGUACAGCGUCGGGAAGGUCAAAUCCCCUCCGCCCGCAGAGCUCCGGAGCAGCCCGCGGUGCUCGCUCGACUUCCCCUCCGCCGCAGCUGCUGCAGGGGUGGAACCAGGACCGACCCGCGCCGAGAGUUCCGCUGUGUUCCAGCCGCCUCUCUCGCUCCAUGCACCGGCGUAGAGUCUGGACGCAGUCCGCCUGCUGUGGAGAGAUAGACCCCCGCCGCUGAGUCGACCCCCGUCGAGACAGUGUGAUGUAGCUCGCCUCCCCCUGGUGGGCUGCGAGGGCAUGAGACUGCGAGGAGGGCGGGAUUUCAACCCUGACUUGCCUCUGGAACUGGCCCCUCCUCCUCCGCCUCCUCUUCCCCGUCCUUCUAUUGGCUGGUUACCCGGCGUCCUCACCAAAGGUGUACGCCUCCGUCUGCGCUUGGAUCGCAGUGACGACCGGGGGCGGGGCUGCUGGCAGCUGGUGGACUUGGAGGCGGCGUCAGAGCCAAUUGGGCGUAGACUGAGGAGCGGGGCCCCCGACACCUGCGCACAAAGUCUGAUGAGUACCCUGUCUGCUGGCUCAGAGAUGCAGACUCCCGCUCUAGGCCCACAGUUCAUGGCCGGGCCACAGGGUAAGGUACCAGGCAGGAAGAGAGGACGGCCUCCGAUCCGUAAGCUGGAGUUCCAGAGCCACUACAUUGAGCCUAUGAUGCCUCUCAAGGUCCCGAAGAAGAGAGGCAGGAAGCCUGGCUUUAAGCUGAAGCCCAGGAUGGUGAUGUCCCCACUAGCCAACUCUCCUCCCAGCAGCACACCAGAACCUGAGAUGGGCUCCCUCCCGCAGGAUGCUGCUAUCGUCCCCCACUCUGCCACACCUCAAGUCCUGACAGGAGAGACGGCAAUGCCUGGUGACUUCCUGUGUGAUCCACCAGUGGACUCCAAGCGGUACGCCGUAGACCCCAGUGACUCCGCCUUCAAUGUCAUGACGUCACAGUACCCGCUGAAACACUCCUAUGGUUACCGUGGCAGCAGCUGCUCCGCUCCGAUGGGCUUGUGCAGACAGGCGUCGAGCCCAGCAAGCUUCCAGGACGGAAACAGGAAUGCGUACAGUCCGAUGCCCGACUCUGGAGAUUGCAAGCGUCCUGCCGGUAAGGACCCUUCCCGCUGGGGUGUGGAGGACGUCGUCUGGUUCAUCAAAGAUGCUGACCCCCAAGCCCUGGGACCCCACGCUGAAGCAUUCAGGAAGCAUGAGAUAGACGGAGACGCUCUGCUCUUGCUGAAAAGUGAGAUGAUGAUGAAGUAUCUGGGACUGAAGCUGGGACCUGCCCUCAAACUCUGUUACCACAUCGACAGGCUCAAACAGAAUCGGUCAUGAUUCUCUGAGGAGGAGCCAAAUUCAUCACCGCCGCUGGCUAAAACUGUCCCACAGUGGAUUCUCUCUCAAAGUCUCUCAGCCAUCAGCAACACAUUGUGAACGCCUUUGGAUCCAGAAUCGAUUAUUUUUCAUCUUGAUCAUCGGCUACAGGGCAUCUGAAUGGCUUCAGAUUGUAAAUAGCUCGGCUCCACACGAUUGCUAUAUCAAAACUUGUAUUGACGUCCACGCUGCAGUCUGCACACAGCUUACGAAGACACAGGAGCUUCACAAACUCGUAUGGUGCUUUACCUCUUUAUCAUAUUUAAACUGAAACAAGUCGUCGGGCUCAGGCUCAAUGCUGCUGCAGUUUUAAAAUAGUCGUUUUGUGAGUUAGUUUUGUUGUUAACUGAUGAUAAUGUUGAGCCAGGUAUCACUCCGCGACACAAACUGUAACAAUUAUCUGGUCUCUGGAGGUACUCAAAUUGUAGCUUGCUUAAGUCACUGUUGAGUAAAUCCAAAUCAAAUCCUGACCCGAGGAUUUUUCAUCAAGGUUUUAUCUGAAUAUUGCAAUGUGAAAUGAAAAACUGCAUCAGAAACUUUGUUGUGAAACAAAGUAAUUUGCUUACACAAGCAUGUUUUUAACCACAAACCACAGCACAACAGUGAAGCGAUAAGGCGUGAUCACAGUUGCACGUAGUCACACAGCGCUCACAGUGACAGGAAGGAGUGGAGACGUCGGCAGAUGCCGGGUUCUAGUAAAUCAUAUAUCAUGUGACAUUCGCUGGUGUUGAAAUGACAAUAUUGCAGUCUACCUUGCGAGACUUUUUUGUUUUAUUUGAGGUUGCAAAGUAGCAUGAGAGAAAGCAACUUGUAGCAAACUUGGUGCUCACUGAAACCGUUGCUGCCACUACAGCCACAACACUUUAACAGAUUAAUCAACUCGUACACUUCAUCACUGUCUCUUCCAGAUAAAGCUACAGUUUACAUUCCUCUCAUGCAAUACCUCGUCAGUCAUUUUGAAUAUAAAUAGUAAAGCAGUUUUUGGUCUGCUGACUAUAAAAAAAAAUUACUAUUAAGUAAAACUCGAGCAUUAAGAGUAACUUUUUCUUUGUUCAUUUUUGCAGCCACCAGAAACAGUUUUGUCAUAUAAGAUUGUGCAAACGACAACUUGCAAACACAUUAAUAACCGGUCACACGCAGUAUAUGACAAACCUGUACAACUUGCUUAGUUUGAAACUGACUGUACAGUACUUGUUACUCACUUUAAUAUUUUGUGUUCAACGUGUUUUUGCUUAACAUUGUUAAAGUCAGUGUGCCACAGACUUAUGUGAGUGCAGCAUGUAUGUCUAUGUAUGAAGUCUGUAUUUUUGGACCGUCUUCAGCCCUAGUGAGCUAUUGGCUGCAUUAAAUGUUCACAUUUCUAAUUUUCUAAUUUCUGAUCAGAUAAAUUGAUUUCGGUGGAUAUGGUGAAUUUCUUUUUUGUUUUUCUUCAAAUCAUCUGUGAGCCACAUUUAAUUAAUUUUGACUCUCAGAUGACACUCCUUUUUCUUUUUAAUACAAUGUUUUUUAAAGCAUACCUUUUUCAGACAAAA